GCGCGUCAGCGGCGCGCGCCGGAGGUGGCGUUGGGAGUCUCGUCGCCGUCGUUGCAGCCGCCGCCGUCGUCUCGCGGGAGGUGGUUGCCGGCGCUGGUGUGAGGCAAAGCGCGGGAGCCGUCGUCAUGACCUCUGCCUUGGAGAAUUACAUCAACCGUACUGUUGCAGUAAUUACUUCUGAUGGAAGAAUGAUUGUGGGAACCCUCAAAGGUUUUGAUCAGACCAUUAACUUGAUUUUGGAUGAAAGCCAUGAACGAGUGUUCAGUUCCUCACAAGGAGUUGAGCAAGUAGUGCUGGGACUGUACAUUGUAAGAGGCGAUAAUGUUGCUGUCAUUGGUGAAAUUGAUGAAGAGACAGAUUCAGCUCUUGACUUGGGGAAUAUUCGAGCAGAACCUUUAAACUCAGUUGUGCAUUGAAAAGAUGAAAAUGCACAGGGACUUUGUAAAUCUUUGGUUGUACAGACCUAUUUAACAACGUGGAUGAUUUUUACAAAUUGUGUUUAAUUUGUUUAGUCACUGGUUUUUUAUUAUGAAUAUGUUGUAGUUUUGCAUGUAAAUUAAAGUUUCUACAUUUUACUAAAGACGCUUUUAUUGAAUUCCCUUUGGGCUUUCAUGCUGCAUAAUUUCACUGUAAAAUACAUACUGGGAAAUGCCAAAAAUACCACUUACAGUUCUGAUGCUGUGUAUAUAUACCUUGUUUUUAAAAUAAGAUUUCAUUCCUAAAGGUAAACCAAGGCUUUUUGUGUUAACUCAGGAUUAUGUGGAGGUAGAUUAUGUAACAGUCAGUUUAACCAUCUCUAAAUGUAGUUCUGGCUGUAAGUAGAAAACUGGUUUUGGUGAGGUUUGGGUUUUUUUUGUUGUAGUGUAGAAAGCAAGAAUGUUAAAAGCUUUUACAGGCAAAUUAAUGACUUAUGCAUGCAAUAGGGUUUUUGUGCUUUAUCAAACAUUGUUCUCUAGUCCCCAGGACUAUACUAGAGGUGCAGGAGUUCUUAGUGCCUUAAUGCUUGCAGACAAAUUAAAUUGGAGGAAGACAGACAUUUGAGCAGAAUACAGAACCUAACCCAAAUACACACAUUUAUUUGAAGCCCAUUAAAUUCCAGACCAACUCAUUCUCUAUCUUCUCCUCUCAGCAGGGGAGUUGUGUUGCUCAAAAUUUGGGUAAGAUCUAUAGAAAGAAUUGUGUGUUUGCUGAAGUGUAACCAUUGAGUUGCUAGAGUGUAGUUCAGAAGACACAGAAACUUUAGCUAGAGAAAUUAUUUCUUUUGAAUGAAAUUUGCCAUUAAAUUAAAUAUAAGGAUUACAUGUAUAAGAAGAGGUCUAUUAUGGUUACAUCAGCAACAGCCAAGUUAAGUGGGACUAGCUCUGUGCAGUAUAUUGUGUUUUAGGCCACAUACAAUUCACUGCCCAGCAGAAAUACUGGUAGGGUGGUAGCAAGAGGAAGUUGGUACUAUUGGACAAUGUUGAUUUCCUUAUCCUCUAGUGUGCUAACAGGCCCAAUAUUCCCCCCCCCCCCCCCCCCCCCCCCCAUAUAAAUGUACUGCAAGUUCACUGUUCGGAAACCAAAUACAUUGAACUGAAUAUAUUUUUCUUCAUGAAAUCUGGCUCUCAAUUGUUGUAGCUUCCAGCUUGUUUUCUGAGAUUGUUCUUGGUGGAGCAUGUGAAGCCCAGCAAACCCUUUUCUCCUUUAUCCAUCUUGUGACCUAGUAAAGGAAUGUCUUGUAGUUUUCUGUCCACAUUUCUGCAGGGAGUUGCUGAGCUUACAUCGAAUAAGGCAAGUCAGGGUUUUUCUGUGAUUACUGGAAGUAAGUAAAGUCUGGCUAUAAUUCAUUAUGUCAAAAGAAUUGACCAGUUUCAUUAAACAGUCAACAAAACC